AUGCCGCCCCAGACCAAGGCAAUGGAGAAAUUCACUGCCAAGGCCAAGGCCGGGGUCGGGGCAAGGAUGGUCCCCGAGAAGGUCCUCCCGCUUGGCCGAGGUGGGCAUCGUCUCUUUGCGUCUGAGGAGGGCCGUAACGGGGCUCUAAUAUUAGAAGUCCCUGGCAAGGACGAGGUGGCGAAAGCCGACCAGCUCGCCACGAAGAUUGCGGAGGCUUUGGAGGGGACGGGGGUGAAGAUGGUCCGUCCAUCCAAGAAGGCGGAAUUGCGAGUCCGCGGCUUGGUGGACGGGACCACCCCCUCAGAAGUGGCGACCGCCGUUGCGACUGUUGGAGGGUGCCGGCCCGAGGAGGUUCAGACUGAAGAGAUCCAGUCUUCACCCUCGGGUUUGGGCACCCUGUGGGUCCGAUGGCCGAUGGCUGUGGCCAGAAAACUGGCCAUAGCUGACGCUACAACCGUUGGGUGGACCCGGGCGACGGUGAAGCCACUGCAGGCCCGGCCCCUGCAAGGCUAG